AUGUCAGGACCUCCUCGUAGCUCUUGCCGGCUUCAAGUCCCCUCUCCAGUUCAAGUGCUUGCCCACGCCAUCGAUCAUCGUCUGUACAAGUUCGACCUCGGACUUCCCGAUGCCGCCACCGCCUUCGCGUGUGGUACCUCCGCAGCUGGCUUCGACCGGUUCGCGAGACGCGGAGACAGCAUGUCGGCCUACGAGCACUUGUGGUGCAGGUUGAGCCCAUUGCAAACGACGAGACGGUCUUCAACGCGCAGUUCAUGCUGCGUUCGCCUCGCCUGGGCGUCUUCUCCUCGCCAUAAGGCAGCAACCCGUACUCGUUCGUACGCUCUCGGUCGUCUCGGAACUCGGGAGGUGGCUGACCUCGCUUGA